UGCGCCAUCUACUGGCGUGUCGCUAGCGACUUCCGGCUUCCUCUCCGUUUACUGGGCUUAAGUUUGGCUUCCUGGUGCCCAGUGGGCUCCAAGAAGUCAUCAAGCAUGGACUUUGAGGGGCUCUUCGACGAGAGGAAUUUCACCUUUUCUGAUUUCCAGGAGUUCACGUUUCUUCCAGGUCAUCAGAAAUUAUCAGAAAGGGUCCGUAAACGCUUGUACUAUGGUCUGGAUACAGAUGUUACACUAGAUGCACUUUCUUGUCCUGUUACAGAUAUUGCAGUAGAACUUCUUCAAAAGUCAGCACCAAGUCCAAUCCGGAAACUUCAAAAGAAGUAUGCAGCACAUGUGGCAAGGGAAGCAUGCAUUUCUCCUUGUGCAAUGAUGCUUGCUUUGGUUUAUAUUGAAAGAUUGAGACACAGAAACCCUGAAUACCUACAACAGAUUUCCUCAUCUGAUCUUUUUCUUAUCUCUAUGAUGGUUGCCAGUAAAUAUCUAUAUGAUGAAGGUGAAGAAGAAGAGGUCUUCAAUGAUGAAUGGGGUGCUGCUGGAAAACAGGAUGUCCAAACAGUGAACAGCUUAGAAAUGAAUUUCCUUAAAGCCAUAGAUUGGAGGCUUUAUGCAGAUCCAGAUGAGUUUUUUGACAUAUUAACUCGACUUGAAUCAUGCGUUGCAGAAAAGCAGGGCUUAAAGCGUGGAUGGUUUACUUACACAGAUAUCUGCGUGCUUCUGGAACAGUUGGUGUGGCAAGAAGCAUUUGCUCACAUGUACAAGCAUUUGACAAAGCUCACAUGCUUGUUCAGUCUGGUUUACCUCACAAGUGUGGCAGGUUUGAUUGCCUCUGCAGCAGUUCUGCAGCAGCUGAGCUUCAUGGAAAAAGCCUCCGGUGUACUUUCUCAUCAAAGCUGUUCUUUGGAGCAGUAUAAAACAGCACAUCUUCAAGCUCCAGGUCAUGAGAUACUACCUCAGCAGUUAAUUUUCUCACCACCUAAAAUUAACUGCUGUAUACUGGGAAAUGAAAGUCAAGGCAAACAUGGCUAUGUUACUCCUACCACAGCAGUAUGUUUCUGGGGUUCAUUUUUCACAACAGUCACAUACUUUUCUGGAGGGAAACCUUUGGGCAAAUUUUUCAAGCAUACACCAUACUGCCCUAACUGUCUGAAGGUACAUAAAGAAAGUGGACAGUCAUCAAGAUGCAUAAGGCAAAAUGCUACACUGGUGAGCAUUUACCCUAAACGCAAUACUUACGAAGCAAAUUCGGUGAUGGAUUCUGGUGUAUCUCAAUAUAUUGUAAAGCCUCCUUUUAGUGCAAUGAAGGUUGGAUUCGAAGCCUCCAGGACAGUGGCAGAUCACCUUUAUGGUUACAUUUUCCCAGAGAUGAUGCAAAUUCCACAUUGCACAUUAAAAACAAGUACACUUUCUGAAAAUCAAUAUAUUUCAAUUCUGCCUACCUAGAUUUAUAUGACUGGUUCUAGCACUAAGAAUUCCUGGAAACACGUCAGAUUGUCUAUUGUUUUUACAUAAAAUGCAGUUCACCCUAAAAAUACAAAACAUUUUAAUUAAUCAUGUUUGUUAAUGUUUGUUUAGAAUUUUUGGGGUGGUUAUACCAUUGAGAGGAAAUGAAUCCUACUGCUCCUAAGCACAUAGAUUGUAUUUAAGUUGAUGUUGGGUCGAGUAAUAAUUACAAUGCACCUAACUUUAAAUUCGCUCUGAGCCUUAAUUAGAUCACACUUUAUAGGUCAUGUGAAAACGGAAACUUUGCUUGGAACGGAUUUGUUUCAGUGCAUGGCACUUUGUGUUUCCUGAGAUUUUGAGUUAUCAUUCAUUUCUAAACAUUAAUUUGAUGUAUGAGCCCACCUCUUUGCAGCUUGGCUCAUUUGAUCAGAUCAGGCAGCAUGUCUGUUUUUGAUUGCAUUAAAUAAAGGGAGUAUUUCUAGAUUAACAUACAAAUAUUUUAGUAUCUGAAUAUUUUAGAACACAUAUAUUACCCAGCAGACUCUUCAUGUGCAUAACCAAAGUAUUUUAUGGUUUUCUGCACUGAUCACUUUUGCUAGUACUCUUCACUGGUAUGAUGGUAAUCUCUUGUAUAAUAAACUUGUGUGAAAAGAGUGGAUGCAUUGAUUUAUUAGCAGUGCAUAAUUAGUAAAUUCCAACAUUUAAUGCUGAUAAACAUGGGCAUGUAGUGUUUUAUGUGUGACUCUACUGAGAUGUACUCAUUUGCAUAACCAUUUCAGCUUCCAUAUUCUAUUAAGUCUUAUUUCUAUAUGAAGAAAUUUUCCACUCUUAUGAGUGUGUGAAAUAAAUUUGGUAGUGUGUGAAAUAAAUAUAGGUGUUGAACCAGAACCUUAGUUACAGGCUCAAGUCCUAGUGAAUGUUUUGUAAAGGUAACAUAUAGGACAGUGGAUUUUGGAAUGCACUUUGUUGGGUAUGGGGGUUUAUACUGUAAUGCAUCUUAGAAGGUAAAAAGCUAAUGGAAGAUGCACAACGCAAGCAGUAUUCUUGGACCUGCCUUGUGUGGUGUCUUUCUGAUGUAGUGCUCCCCACUGUAUAUAAAAAUGUGCUGUGCCCCAAGUGGUGUAGGAUGGUAAAGCAUAAUCGGAGUUGGAAGAGAUGAUGAAAGAAAAGGUGGAAGAAUGAGUUGAGUAAAUAAUUGAGCUAGGAUGAACCAGCUGUAUGCUGCACAAUCCUUUUCAAAGUGUCUGCCAUCAUUAUUGGUCGGCCUAAGUAAGGUAUAACUUUGUAGUCCUUAAGUCAUGAUGUGGGACAUGAAUGCAUACUAUUUUUAUUUUAAAGUAUGUGAUAGCUGGUAAAAUGUAAGGUGAUAGUAAAUAUUGAGUUAAUUGUCUCAGAGUAGUAUUGUUAAGCAGUUUAUUUUAUUUUAAUUAGUGUCCCUAUGGAUCCAGAGGUUUCUGAACUUUUUUUUAGCUAUGGGCCGGGCAUUGCAUGUGUAAUAUUUUCAGACCAAAUGAGUGUGUUUUUU